AUGUCGUGUUGUUUAUCUUGCUGCGCGUCUUUGACCUGUGGUCUCUGCACCUCUACUGCAUCUUGCAUCUCCCAAAAAUCCGCUAGAAUCGGUUACUGUGGUCUCUUCGGUGUAUCUCUCGUCAUUUCGUGGAUUUUCAGAGAAGUUGGAACACCCCUUUUGGAGAAAUUCCCAUGGAUAGGUGCAUCCGAUACCCACACAAAGGAAUGGUAUCAAGUACAAGCCGUUCUUCGAGUGAGCUUGGGAAAUUUCUUGUUCUUUGGUAUCCUAGCCCUUAUUAUGAUUGGUGUGAAAGACCAGAAUGACAGGCGUGAUUCAUGGCACCAUGGUGGUUGGAUUGUAAAAAUAGUGGUCUGGCUUUUGCUUGUGGUCCUUGCAUUCUUCCUUCCCGAUGCCAUAAUAUUGGUAUAUGGAUUCAUAGCAAAAUUUGGGGCUGGCCUGUUUUUAUUGAUUCAAGUGAUAAUUUUACUGGACUUUACUCACUCUUGGAAUGAUGCAUGGGUUGAGAAAGAUGAACAAAAAUGGUAUAUUGCUUUACUUGCUGUAUCAGUCGGAUGCUACAUUGCAGCAUUUACAGUGUCAGGAAUCCUUUUCAUUUGGUUCAACCCUUCUGGAUAUGAUUGUAGCAUCAAUAUCUUUUUCCUUGUUAUGACCAUGAUUCUUGCUUUUGUGUUUGCGAUUAUCGCCUUACAUCCUCAGGUGAAUGGAAGCUUGUUGCCUGCAUCUGUGAUUUCCCUUUACUGUGCGUAUGUGUGCUACACGGGUCUUUCUAGUGAACCUCGUGACUAUGAAUGCAAUGGUCUCAACAAAUCCAGAGCUGUUAGCACAAGUACACUCAUUCUUGGCAUGCUAACAACAGUGCUAUCAGUGCUGUAUUCGGCCCUUCGUGCUGGAUCUUCAAAGACAUUCUUAUCACCACCAUCAUCACCUAAAUUGGGUGGGAACAAACCUCUACUUGAAGAAGAAGUAGAAGAAGGAAAUGCAAAGAAGGAGGAAAAGGAAGCACAACCAGUUAGCUACUCGUACUCAUUCUUCCACCUAAUAUUUGCCCUGGCUAGCAUGUACUCAGCCAUGCUUCUCUCUGGAUGGACCAGCACAUCGGAGACAUCAGAACUCAUAGAUGUUGGUUGGACCUCAGUUUGGGUGCGAAUGGGCACGGAGUGGGUCACUGCUGGAUUGUAUAUCUGGACUCUCACGGCUCCUUUGCUCUUCCCUGAUCGUGAAUUUGCAUAG